CAAAAGGGUGAGAAAAUCACCAUGCUUUUUGGUUUUCAGCAGUUAUCACCUUCCUAAAACAUUCAUCAUAUCUUACGCAUUGCUGUCCAUUGCAUCAAAAUGUCUAUUCCCGAGGAAACUAGCGUCUUGGUUGUCGGUGGUGGGCCCGCAGGCUCAUACACUGCUGCCGUUCUAGCACGUGAGGGCAUCAGCACAGUUCUGUUGGAGGCAGAUGUGUUCCCCAGAUACCACAUCGGCGAGAGUAUGCUUCCGUCGAUGCGCCACUUCCUUCGUUUUAUAGACCUCGAUUCAACCUUUGACAGCUAUGGAUUCGUCCAGAAGAGAGGUGCUGCUUUCAGAUUGAAUCAGUUUCCCGAAGCUUACACGGACUUUGUGGCUGCUGGUGGCCCCGACGCCUAUGCCUGGAACGUUGUUCGCUCUGAAGCCGAUGAUCUGAUGUUCAAGCAUGCCGGCAAGAGCGGUGCCAAGGUUUUUGAUGGUGUCAAGGUCAACUCGAUUGAGUUUGUGCCUUUGGAUGAGAAAGAUGCCCCGGCCGAUCCUGAGCUUCCCAACCCUGGGCGCCCAGUCUCUGCUACCUGGUCCCGUAAAGACGGUAGCUCUGGUACUAUCAAGUUUGAAUAUCUUGUCGAUGCCAGUGGUCGUGCCGGCUUGGUCAGCACGAAAUACUUCAAGAAUCGUAAAUACAACCAGGGAUUGAAGAACAUCGCUAGCUGGGGCUACUGGGACAACGCCAAGGUCCAUGCACCAGGUACCCAGAGGGAGGGUCAGCCCUUCUUCGAAGCUUUGCAAGACGCCAGCGGUUGGGUUUGGACAAUUCCUCUGCAUAACAACAAGACCUCCGUCGGUGUUGUAAUGAACCAGGCCGCCGCCACUGAAAAGAAGAAGACCAUGGCCGACCCAUCUACAAAGGGCUUCUACCUAGAUACUCUCAAGUCCACCCCCGAGACCUGGGAACUUCUUGAAAGUGCUGAGCUCACCUCCGACAUCAAGUCGGCAUCCGACUGGUCCUACAGCGCCUCCACAUAUGCCACUCCAUAUGUCCGUAUUGCAGGUGACGCAGGAUGCUUCAUUGAUCCUUAUUUCUCCUCCGGAGUCCACUUAGCGCUGGCUGCUGGCCUCUCAGCCGCCACGACCAUUUGUGCCGCUAAGAAGGGCCAUAUCAAGGAGACUGCCGCAGCCGGGUGGCAUUCCAGCAAGGUCGGAACAGGAUACACCCGCUUCCUGCUUGUCGUCAUGAGUGCUUUGAAGCAGAUUACAGUACCAGAUGAGCCUGUUAUCGGUGACUGGGACGAGAAGAGCUUUGAUCGGGCCUUCUCCCUUUUCAGACCCAUCAUCCAAGGAACAGCGGAUGUGAACAAUAAACUCACCCCCUCCGAGAUCUCGCAAACUAUCGAUUUCUGCAUGAAGGCAUUCCACCCCGCGCCUAAGGAGCAGCGGGAAGUUCUCCACGCCAAGUUGGCCGGCGAGGGUAGUGGUAGCAGCACUGAAAAGCAGAACACCGCCCUGCUCGAACAAACCCUUUCCCCUGAGGAACAGCGCAUUUUGACUACCAUGAGGGCAAGAAACGCGAUUCGUACGGAGGACUUGAUCCACAUCGACAACUUCAGUGUUGAUGUCAUCGAUGGAAUGGUGCCACACUUGAAGCGGGGGGAGCUGGGUCUUGUUGAUGCCGCGGCUGCUAAGGUCAAGAUUCCUGAUGCCGAUACCAAGCAGUCGGUUUCGAUUUUCUCUUAUUAG